UCGAACUGACCGCUCCGACCAAUGGGUGGAGGGGAGAUGGGAUUGGCUGGAGGCUGGAGACCAGCGUCCAAUGCGAGGCGGCGGCGGCCGUGGUGGUGAUAGUGUUGUAGCAGCGACGGCGGCGGCAGAUGCGGCCCAGUGUCCGGGAGGCCCAGGCCUGAGCUAGUCUGGAAACCCAGGGGGAGAGAGGGCGCCCCGUGCGGCCCCAUCGCGGCCCGGGAUCCCAAAACGGUGACAGCAGCAAUGGCCCAAGAAGCAAUGGACGUUGACCUUCAGGUGGUAGAAGGAGAUCCUGCUAUGGAACACCAGGAGGCUGUCCCUGCUGAAGCAUUUGUUGGGCAGGUGGACCCCCCACUCCUCCCUGUUCCUCAGGUGCCUAUUGAAGUGACUGAAGAAGUUGUAUCCUCUGGCCUGGAGAAUGAGGAGAAUCUGGACCCUGGAGCCAUAGCAGCAGAAGAUACAAUAGGAGCCGAUGUGAAUCCCGGCCUCCCGGAGUCUGCCCUGAACUCAAUGAACAGCUUCAUUGACAGACUACAGCAGUUGCACGGGGUGCUGGGCCUCUUGAGGCAGCCUUCCCAGCAGAUCUCCCAAUCGGUGCGAACAAGGAGGAGGGCUGUCCGCCUUCAGAGGAGGAUAGGAGGGUCUCAGAGGACCUCGGACUACAGAUCAAGGGCACCCUUGGACGCCUACUUUCGGGUCAACAGGACACAACCCCUCCUACCAGCAGACCCACCUAACCCCACUGAUGACGACAACGACGAUGACGAUGACCCUGGCUCUGAAGAUAUCCAUGUGUCGAGUGGCUCCGAUACAGAGAGUAACACUUCCAGUGAAGAGGAGGAGGAGGUGGACAUCCAGGAUGAGGACCCAGACCCAGAUAUUGGUCUUGGAGUUUCUGGAGAGGAUUCUGCAGAGACUCUUCCAGAAGAUCCUUCAGCCCAGCAGGAAGCCACUCCUGCUUCUGAAGCAGAGGUCCCCCUCCAACAGUCUCCAGUGAAGCCUGAACCACUCCCUCCACCAGCCACAUCUACCACAGGUCCCUCAGAUGAAGAAGAAGGAGACACUUGCGCCAUCUGCUUUGAGCAGUGGACCAGUGCUGGAGACCACCGCCUCUCCGCACUGCGGUGUGGGCAUCUCUUUGGGUACAAGUGCAUCUCCAAGUGGCUCAGAGGACAAGCUGGGAAAUGUCCCCAGUGCAACAAGAAAGCCAAACGCUCAGACAUUGUGGUUCUCUAUGCCCGAACCCUAAAAGCCCUGGAUACCAGUGAACAGGAGCGCAUGAAAAGUUGCUUACUCAAAGAGCAAAUGCUGAGGAAGGAGGCCGAGUUAGAAUCAGCCCAGUGCCGACUCCAGCUGCAGGUACUUUCUGAUGAAUGUAACAAGCUUCGAAAUCAUGUCCAGGAGCUGAAGGUUCUUGUGGCUCAACAUGGGUCAGGUUCUGUUCAGCCUGGCAUCUCACAGGCUUGUUUACAGAACUGUCUGCCUCUCAGCCAGAACCAGCACAAGUACCAGUUUCAGAAGGCCUUCACAGUAUCACAAGAAGGGAAGUGCCGCAUCAUGGCGUACUGCGAUGCCCUAAGCUGUCUGGUAGUGUCCCAGCCUUCUCCUCAGGCCACCUUCCUUCCUGGUUUUGGUGUGAAGAUGAUCAGUAUGGCAGACAUGAAAAGCAGUCAGUACAUUCCAAUGCACAGCCGAGAGAUCCGGGGGCUGGCAUUCAGCAGCAGGCAGAAUAGCUGGCUCUUGUCAGCUGCACUAGAUAAUACAGUCAAGCUAACGAGCCUGGAGACUAAUACAGUGGUCCAGACAUACCACACUGGACGUGCAGUCUGGAGCUGCUGCUGGUGCCUUGAUGAUGAAAAUUAUAUCUACGCUGGACUAGUCAAUGGCUCCAUUCUGGUGUAUGACUUGAGAGACACGAGCUCCCAUGUCCAGGAGUUAACCCCCCAGAAAUCCAGGUGUCCUUUGGUUUCACUCUCCUACUUACCCCAGAUGGCUUCAGCGGCAUUUCCUGCUGGCGGGAUAUUGGCCGGAAGCUUAGAAGGUGCCUGCUUUUGGAGACAGAGUAGCAGUAACUGCUUUGACCCUCACUGCCUUCCUCUGGAGUCCGGAGGCUGCACUGACCUUCAGGCAGAGACCCAUAGCGGGCAUUGCCUUGUCACCUACCGGCCCAAUAAAAACCAGGCAUCCGUGCACAGUGUGUUGCUGGAACUGACCUGCAGUUUGAACGAAGCUACUGAGCCAGUCUAUUCAUGUCGACCCAUUCAGACAUUCCUCGCUGGAACCACUUGCAAACUCCUGACCAAAAAUGCUAUAUUCCAGAGCCCAGAGGAGAAUGGUAGCAUCCUGGUGUGUGCUAGUGAUGAAUCUUCAAAUUCUGCCAUGAUCUGGGAUGCAGGAAGUGGCAGUCUCCUCCAGAAGCUCCAGGCAGACCAGCCUGUGCUGGCUAUCUGCCCCUUCGAAUUCAACCAGAAUAGCUACCUGGCUACCUUGACAGAGAAGGCUGUCAAGAUUCAUAAAUGGGAAUGAUGAGGUCAGACAUCCAGUGCACUGUGGACUUCCUUUGGCAGUUCCAUGGUUGGUCGCAGGCUCUUUUUGACUAGAGUAUUUGGACUUUAAAAGCUGAGCUUCGGCCAGCGAAGGAAGUGGCCAGGAGGCCUUUCAUGUACUUUUCCUCUGUGAGGCAUCAUUUGUUUUCACUCUUUGGUCCCCUCUCAAUUGGCUGGAUCUGGAGGGCCGCAGAGUACAAGAUUAUCUUGGAAUUUUUCUCAUCCUCCCUGGGGUUCAUAUGAACUGCAUUACAGAAGUCCUGUUUGAUGGUUCCAUUCUAACUGGCACAGAGGAUUGUUUCUCUGAUCAGCCACAAGAGAAUUCUAGGGAAAAGAAAGAAAUUGGGAUUAUUAUUGACUAAGUAACUUGAUGACGGGGAUCCUGUGAGAAAGAGAACAUCUGCUCUGUGGCUUCCCUCCUCUAGCUGGCUCUGUGUAGAGUCCCUUGAGAAAGCUGUCUAGGCCUGAGUGACAUGUCAGUUGAGGGGAAGAGGGGAAAUCUUAAUUCCCCAGAUUUCUUGGGAUCUCAGGAUAAAUUUGUCUUAGCACCUGAAGGCUUAAUCUUCCUUCCUCUUCCUUGAAAAAAUGUUGGAAAAAUAGUAGAAAUUAUGUCAAGGCUAAUUCUUUUCUCUCCAUGAAUAAGAGCCUAGAAAGAAAUAGCAAACUAUCUAGGAUUGCAAAGGAAGGGGAACUUUAACUGAUAAAAAACAGGAAAUAUACCACAGGUGGGCAGAAGGUCUCUUCAAGCUAGUGGUUAUCAGAAAAAUCCCAAUACUAUAUUGCUGUUAUUUAUCUAUAUACCUGGGGUUGGAGCACUAUGCUGCUGCUUGGAAUACUGUGGAGCAUGGAAAUUCGAUAAUGUCCUUCAUCCCAAACUAAAGCUAGAUCCUAACACACAUACUCCCUAAGCCCUCCCCAUCCCCAUACACAAGCUUGUUUCUCCAGUAGAAUGACAGCCCCUAGGGAAGACUGGUUAUGGGUGGCAAACUCUUGAUCAAUGUCACCAUACCACAAAGGCUCAUUCCAUUUCCAGCGUGGGCCACCUUUUUUUCCUCCAGUCAUUCGGUUUUGAUUUGUCUGUCCCUUUAAUGGAUGAUUCCUGUAGCCUAAACUGAUAACCAGUGAACCAAUCAGAAAAGCAUCUGGGUGCAAGCCUGUGGUGUGGAAUGCCAAUAUUAUUCCAUAUUCUCAGAGGUUAGAGACUUAAAGUAAUUGGAGUAAAGCUAAAACAGUGAAGCUCCCAAAUUCCUGAAUAUCCAUCAGUGGUCACUCCAUUAGCUAGGAGUGGCUGUAGUCUUGCCCAAGUGUCCCAAGACUUGUUUCGGCUUUUGGUAGUUUACAGUGGUCACUAAAUUAAAUGACCCACUCACCCUUCAAAUUAGUCCCCUUCCCUCCUCGGAGAUAGUUUUUAAUCAGCUUCCCAACCUGUGAGAAAGAGAAGAGCCCCUUUUAUCAGCCAAAGAACGUUAGUUUGCUCUAUUUUGAUUAUUGGGAAGUGUUGCCUAAUUUUGGACCUGGGGCCCAGAUGGCAGCACAAAACUGGAGUUAACACCCACUCGCUUGGGUCUUUCAGCAGAAGUGAUGAAGGCAGGCACUGGGAACAGACUCUGUCUUCAGAGAAGCCCUAAUUGUGGACCAGGAGUAAGGUUGGAUCCUGUGGCCUGGUAAUCCCAGACUUAGUCACCAACAGCUCAGGUACAUUAUGGUUACAUCAGCCAGUGAUGAGUUUCUCACUCAGGAUCCCCCCAAGGACAAGAGGAGGAAGUGACGGGGUGGGUGACGAUAUUUUGCCAGUCCUUGCUUACUCUCUUUACUACAGUGAAUGCAGGCUUUUUGCUGGCAAGUAUUACGGAAAACAAGGAACUAAGGAAACGUGAGCAUCCCCUCAAAAGAUUUUGUCAGCAACCUGAACAAAAUCAUUAUCAACUUUCUUGCCAGAAAUAUUGGUACUAUUUCCACUGGUGUGAAGACUUGUAGUGACUGCUGGAUCUGGCUAUGAAAAUCCACCUUAGUUACCAACAUCUCUUCCUGCCUUUCAACCUUCUAAUACCUUAGUCUGCCCCGUUCAUCGAAGGGUUGUUUAAUUAGAAAAUAGAUUAAGAACCUCUUUCUCAUGAAGAUCACCCUGGAGUCUAUACAGUAUCUUUUUGGGUGGCAUCUGGCACAAUAUUUUUAGUUUCAGUUAUUUCCCAUCUAAAUCUUGGAGCUAAGAGGGAUCAAGAGUAUUUUGGGCUUGCUUUGUGCCGAAGUCCAUACUUGCUUGGAAAAACAAGAUUAUGUGACCUAAGAAACCUUUGUUUCGUUGUACUUUCUUGUGUCCUCUGUGUAUAUGUAAAAAUAAAGAAUUUACAGUAGGCUCUCUCCCCUUGUCUUGUGGGUGUGUGUUGGUGUGUGCAUUCUCGACUGAGUUCAGUCUCCACAUGAAGUUUUCUCUCUAAACUAGUGAGAGUUAUUCUUGACACAUUGGACUUCAGCAGUGUCUAAAAUGAAAGUGUUUUUUUUAAGUGUGUAAUGUUAUUAAAAGCUUUUACUGGCAGCGUC